AUGCAUUUGCCAAUAUCUUCAACUGCCGUCGCUGCUGGACUUUCGAGGGGUGGACUCAGUUUGGUUAGGGGUUUGAGAGUUGCAGGACCUGGCCACAGAUUAGUUGGGUUUUUGAGAGUUGCAGGACCUGGCAACUCAGUUGGUGGCCAGAACCCGGUAUUUGGUGUUUUGUUGGUUUCAGUAGAGUCCACACAUGUAUUCUCGCAUGACAUUGAAUCAAAAUUGGGAUUGCGUGGACUGUUUCCUCGAUUUCCUGCACACCCUAACAUUGCAUUCCUUUCAUCUUCAUGGCCAGUUUGGUUCAAGGCUGGUCACCUGCAAGAAAAUGUACAUGCUCUGCAGCUCCAUGGUGAGCCCUAUCGAACUUGUCAGACAAAUGUCGUCAUAGCCACAGUCCUCAGUCCUCGCAAGGUGUCGAAAAAAAUCUACUUUUUCAACUCUACUGUAAUCGCAUUAUUUGAAGUGUUUGAAUCUUGA